UCUCUGUAGAGUUCCGUGUUAUACAGCGGAUGUACCAAUACACCGGACAUAUCUCCCUUUCGCACAGUGAAAAAUGGCUCAUCUCUAUAUAAACCACUUCAGGCUCUAGCAUUCUACUCACAAGGACUUUCCACGUCUUUCUUAACUGACCAUGCGCGCAUUCCAAAGAGAGCUAUUCUCCUCUGUACUGCUUGCGCUCCUCUUUGCCAACGUCUCGUACGCUGCACCUUGGCCAACCUCCUCCAAACACUCCACUCACCAACGGAGGACCAUCGGACGCGACUUGACAAUCGAUACGUACCAUCCCGCAUCGACCUUCAAGACUUAUGGAGAAGGGAAAGCCAUCUCGUCUUUCGCUAGUGGGAACCUGGAGACAUCCGCCGUCUCCUUCAUUGCCUCAGAGCUCGGCGUCGAUGCCUCCACUAUCUCCUUCAACUCUGGUCACUCUGCUGAGAACGAUGUGAGCUACGCCUAUGCGAAGCAAUACCAUGACGGUGUUCCCUUUGCCAAUGCCGUCGCCAACGUUGCGUUCAAGAACGGCAACGCUGUCUCGUUCGGUUCCUCAUUCGUCGACACACCGAAAAUCGCCUCCUCCCAGCCAUCCAUAGAGCUAGACUCGAUCAUCAGCAAAGUCGAGGACGCUCUCUCCGGCACCUACAACGACAUAAACUCCCUCGAAUACCUCGUCCUCUCAGACGGAUCCGUAGCUCUCACCCACGUAGUCCAAGUCCUCAACGCCGACGCCAACACCGGCUACGAAGCCUUCGUCGAUGCCCACUCCGGCGACAUCAUCGCACUCACCGACUUCUCUUCCCAGGCUGCGUACGCCGUCGUACCAAUAACCGAAGCAUCCGUCGCAGAAGGCGAACAACUCCUCAUCAACCCUGAGAACCCUUCUUCUUCUCCUCAAGGCUGGGUACAGAAUGGAGAAACCGCCGGCAACAACGCCAUCUCCUACAAAGGAGUACUCCUCACCACUACCCAGCAAUCCUCACCCAACAUAUUCAGUUACCGCUACAACACAGCCAUCGACCCUCUCCUAGGCGGAAACGUCGACGCCGCUCGUACCAACGCCUUCUAUAUCAUCAACAGAGUCCACGACUUCCUCUACCAAUACGGCUUCACCGAGGCCACCUACAACUUCCAGCAAGACAACUUCGGUAAAGGCGGACAAGGCGGAGACCGCGUCCAAAUAUCCGUUCAAGAUGUCUCCGAUGUCAACAACGCGGAGUUCCUCACCCUUCCCGACGGUCAGUCAGGGCUUUGCAGCAUGUACAUUUGGACGAAUGCGAUUCCCAGUCGCGACGGGUCUCUAGAAAACGAUAUCCUCGUCCACGAAAUGACCCAUGGGCUUACGAAUCGCCUGACUGGGGGCGGAACAGCCAGGUGCUUGCAGACGCUCGAAUCCGCUGGAUUAGGGGAAGGAUGGUCCGAUGCUAUGGCAGAAUGGACAGAACAAACGAGCAGCACUGUUUCCGACUACGUUCUCGGAGUCUGGGUAUCAAACAACCCUCGUGGCAUUCGCCACUAUCCCUACUCCACGAACCCCAACACGAACCCACUCCGAUAUUCUUCCCUCAAUGCGCUUUUUGAAGUUCACGAUAUCGGUGAGGUAUGGGCUAACAUGCUACACAACGUAUACGCCGCCCUGGUACAAGCCUUCGGAUGGUCCUCGACAGCGAUGGAUGAUGCUACCGGGAACGCAGGAAAUGUAGUUUACCUCCACCUCUUCGUCGACGCGUUAUCGCUCCAGCCAUGCAACCCUACCUUCGUGCAAGCCAGAGACGCGUGGAUCCAGGCUGAUGUGAACCGUUAUAAUGGAGCCAAUGCUUGUCUCCUCUGGAAUGCUUUCGCGAGUCGUGGUUUGGGAGUGUCUGCGGCCAACCAUCUCGACGAUGCUACUGUUCCCGCUGGGUGCUAAACAGGAGGACAUCGUGCUCGGA